CUUCUCCCCCAAACCAAAACGUAAGCUGAGUUUCCAAAAACCCCUAUCUUUUUUCUCUAUUCGAUCUUCUUAUCGUGAGUGUUAUCUGCUCGAACCGUGAGUCAAAAGAUUACAUUUUUUCAUUUUUGUGUGAUUAGCUUUGACUUUGUAUUUAUGGAUGUGUUGUGAUUGAAAAAAAUGAUCUGGGAGAUUAAAGUCUUCAUCUUUAUCACUGUAAUUAAGCUGUUUCGAUUAUAAGAAUGGCUGAGGCAACACCAGCUUUGAGGAAGCCUGUGUUCACCAAGGUUAAUGAGCUGAGACCUGGAACCAAUGGUCACUCAUUGAAUGUGAAAGUUGUCAGCUCGAAGAUGGUGAUGCAGAGAGGUGGAGGAGGAGGAGGUCGUCCCAAUGGUCCUCAGGCUCGUCAGAUGAGGAUUGCAGAGUGUCUUGUUGGUGAUGAGACUGGAAUCAUUAUCUUUACUGCACGAAAUGAUCAAGUGGAUUUGAUGAAAGAAGGCAAGAUUGUGACCCUGCGCAACGCCAAGAUCGACAUGUACAAGGGAUCUAUGAGGCUUGCGGUUGAUAGAUGGGGACGCGUUGAAGUCGCUGAGGAGCCCACAGACAUCACUGUCAAGGAAGAUAACAAUCUUUCCCUCAUCGAGUAUGAGCUUGUGAACGUUGAAGCUUGAUUUGGCCCUCGGCCGCCGAAAGAAAACAGAGUUACUCAAAAAGUCCCAUUCUCUAGUUGUAGAAGCAAUAGCAUCUCUAUCUAUCUGCUUUGAGUUUUUGCUUAUCAGAAUUUGCAGGUGGGUUUAUGUAUUAUCUGGCUUGCUGGAUCAUUCUCUUGUUCUAGUUUUGGUUUCUUUGUGUUGUCUUUAGACGCUAUAGAAAAAUAAACUUAUAAAGACAUAUGUAACGACGAGAACAAUAAGUUUAUCUUAUUCCUACCAAUGAAGGUCCACAUCGAGACAACAGUUCAAAUA